AUGCACGACGUCGACGCGAUCGAUGACGCGGUGAAACGAUUGAAAUCGAAAGCGACGUUCAUCGACGCGUGUCACGACAUCGAAACCAUCGCGCGCGCGCGCGUGGGUGAUGAAAACGACGGAGUGCUAAUCGAUUCUUUGAUGUCGAGUUCCAAGCGCGUCGACACGACGCUGCGCGCUCGAUACGGCGACGGCGCGACGACGGAGUGGAGUGUGGGGGCCAGUGUGUUGGAGGCGAUCGCGCGAGCGGUCGAGCGAUCGACGCGGGACGACGGAGGGGUUUGCGCGGCGGCGGCGGCGCGGGCAAAGGCGAAGGCGGAGAGCGACGCGUCGGCUGGUAAUCGAAUGCGAGCGGUGAAGGGGGAUAAGAUCGCGUUCGAGGGACAGUUUACGAGGGAUGCGUCGACGUUGGACGUGGAGGGCGCGAGCGAGACAUCGGAUUCGGUGAACGAGGCGUUGCGGUUGAUUUUAGCCGCAAGGAGGCGUUUCACAUUGGAGGUGGGCGACGAACGGCAGUUGAUGGAGCGAUUUGCGAGCACGCUCGGGGUCUCGGGCGAUGGAGCGGGCGAGCGACACGCGGCGUCGACGGUUUCGAUAGAGGCGCUGCGGUAUCGUAAACCCACGGAGAAGGAGACGAGCGAUGGGAAGUGUGCGAUUUGCUUCGACGGUUACGCUGCGCACGAUUCUGUGAUAUCAAUGCCGUGUGCGGCGACGCACUCGUUUCACGAAGCGUGCGUCAAGGAGUGGCUCCUGCGAGAUGAUUCCUGUCCGUUAUGUCGAAGCUCUCUGCCGGUUUGGUUAGGAAGACCGUUGUAUCAGUGA